AUGGCCCGAAACAGCACAGGCUCGCAGGACCAGAAAGACCGUUCCUACAUCUGUCGGUACUGCAGCAAAGCUUUCAUCCGCGCAGAGCACUUGCACCGUCACCUCUCAUCUCAUGAGAAUAAGAAACCACAUGGCUGCUCUGCAUGCGGUUCCAGUUUCGGCAGGGCCGACGUUUUGCAACGACAUAAGAAGAAGUGCUCAGCCCAUCAACGCCUCGUGACUAGUUCUCAAGAAGCUGUGGCGGAACGGGAGAACCAACAACCCCAAGAUCGUGCGGGAAACGACGCCUUUUCUGGCACUGGUUCAGAGUCUGGUCACUCAUUGUGGGGAGCACCCGCGGCUUCUGACAGCAUUAUGAUCUCUCCUACCUCGCUGACUUCGUUAGCCGAAGCUACUAACAACAGAAGCACACCCGCGCUGAACAUGUCCUCGUCGACACUUUCGGGGCCUAUAGUUUCCAAUCAGACCAACGGCAACACUGUUCUUCCAACUCCACCAGUUUCCUCUUCUUUCACGCAGCGUUCGGACGAAUUGGGCCAUUCACUCUCCAACGACCUUUCUCAGGCCGCGUCUUGGAGGAGCACGACAAGAGACAUGUACAACCUAGAUUUUGCAGACUGGAAUACAGGCGAUUUGACUUUUUUGGAGGAUUCGCUAUUGCCCAACUUCCAAUAUGACGCAACAGAGCUUGUGCCCCCAUUUCAACCAUCACUUGACAUGAUAUCUGACAAUCAGUCAUCACCUCAGCCCCGAGGGAUUUUGCUCGGUCUUACUCGGCGAGUGACACCGUCGCCGGAGGAUGGCGGCGCCCAGAGCAGCCGUCAAGGUGAGAAUGCCACAACAAGAGGGCUAAGAUUGUGUCAAGAAGACAUCAAUUCUUUCAAGAAGAAUAUGUCGAACAUCCAUCAGCGGUUCCUCCUUUCAGAUUUCAAAGUUCCGUCGCGCCUACGGAUGAUACGACUGCUAUGCGCAUAUUUCGAAUACUUUGACCCCCAUACGCCCAUUGUUCAUCGAGCAACCUUCGAAAUCCAAAGCAGUCAUCCUGCUUUGAUACUUGCCAUGUUGGCCAUUGGAGGUCUCCAUGUCUCUGAGCAUGACUUUGUUAUUAAGGCAUACGACGCUUGCUGCAUACUCCUGUACAAUAUCGAAGGUCAUGAAGUUGGAUCCGUCCGGACCCCAGAUAUAGGUAUCGUACAGGCCUUGCUCCUGUGUGCACAAUUUGGUGGCUUCAGUGACAAUGCAUCCUAUUUCCGGCGUGCAGAGAAGCACUUAACGUCUGCAUAUUCGCUCUUGCGAGAAUAUAUUGACAUAGCAAAGCCUCAACAACGCCGAUCAACCGCAGAUUGGGCUUCCUGGAUUGCCUCGGAAACAUGUAGUCGCCAUGAACGACUCUUACUUAGACUUCAAGACGAGUUAGACACAGAUCUCAUUGCUAAGAUUGAGAAAUGCCUUGGGUCUUGGGAGCUGUCCUGGCGCCGGCAUCCACAAGCCCCAGGGGUUCCAUGCAAAAGCGGCGAUCCUCUGCUGGUUGACUGCCUAGCCCUACUGGGCUCGGCAUAUUACCACCUCUAUUUGGGCGCAGAGCUGCGCGCUUUGAAGACUUUCGCUCAGAGUAACGGUCAACUUUCAUCGCUUCCACGUUACCGAUCGCGUGACUUGACGUUGAAGGCGGUCCAGUACGCGGCUCAUUCAUGGUUUGUGCGCGCCAACCUUGGCAUCGCCCAUCUUCAGAAAACUGCUGCUUUGGAAUUCGGUGCACAUUCGCUUGUGACCGCAUAUGAAGGAGGUAAUGUUGUACCCCAAUAG